AUGAGAGCGCUCGAGAGGUUUUUCGACUCCUACGGGCGGCUCGUAUUCCGACAACCUUUUUUCUUUAUCGUGGGUGUUUUUUUUUUUUGAAUAAGUAGCCCGAAUUCUACUUCAGUUGGUGCCAAGCCUUUUGACGAUCGUCUCAACGUAUGGCUUUUGGUCUUUCCACUCGCAGGACGACAUUUGGGACAUUUAUGCGCCGUUAAACGGCCUUUCGAGAGUCGAAGAAAAAGGAUUGAGCAAGUACGAGUUCGCCUCCGGCUCUCAUCAUCAUCGGGUUAGUGAGGUACGAAAAAAAAAGAGAAAAAAAGUUCAGAUGCAAAUACUGAUAGGCCGGAGGGACGAGGGGAACAUUCUGGAGCCGUCAUUGCUAUCCAAAAUGUCAAAAGCUCAUCAUGUAGUUUCAAAAUGCGUGAAAAUUGAAACAUUUUCUCCUCAGACCGUCGCAGAGAAUAUGACGGCAUCGAAUGGUCAAUCUGAGUUCUUCUACAAACAAAUGUGCGGCGUGUACUGCAACUCCAGUAACGCUGCUCUUCUCGCCUUGAUGCAGGUCUGAAUUACCGGCAAUCUCCCACGAAAUCCCAAUGACUUUACAGGCAGCGAUCGACAAAUCCGUGUCGUCGAACCCAUUCAAACUGUCUUUUCCAAAUGCAGAAGCGUUGCAAAAACGUGCUUUCGUAGGAUAUUCUUUGGGUGGUCUGACUUUUGACAACAAAACGAACGACGUCGUAGCCGCCAAACUGUUCAUUCUUCACUAUAUGGUGAUGAUUAGUUUCAUUUUUUCCCAUAAAUUUGAGUUUUUCUUAAAGUUUCUUCAGUUGUAUAAUAAUAACUACUUGCGCUCAUUUCUGAAUUUGUAACUUUUCAAAGUUUUCUUGUCAUUGUUUCUUUGAAACCCUUCAUUUUUCGUUAAACACUGAAAACAACUCCGAAAUCAUAUCUAAAACAACGUCUACUUGACAGGUCGACACGACUCUACCUGGAGGCAAGCUCCUCGCCACCAACUUUGAGAUGAAACUGCGCGCGUUUUUCGAAAAACUCGACGUGGAAGACUCUCUACUCAGCUACGCGUUCCUGUCGCGCACGCGAGAGUUGGAAGAGCAAAGGUCCUUUCCGACAGGUUCAGAUUCUCAAAUGCACUUUUAUAGAGAAAUAACGACGACAUCGCUGCCUUUCCUUGUUUUGACUGUGAUUGUUCUGACUGGCUUCAUGUUGAUAACCUUGGUUCGGCUGCCACUCCGAGAAAGCCAACACUUUGAGGUGGGCCCAGGUGAACAUAGAAGCGUAGCGAUAGGUUCAGGCAAUUGUCGGGGUUAUUUCACCUGGCAUGGCUCUGUGGACAACAACAGGGUUCCUCUGGUGGCUGGGUUAUCCAUUCAGGUCGGAAUGACUUUUUUUUUGUACAAGUCUUUCUGUUUCAGCAACAUCCUGACGGUUGUUCCGUUCCUUGUCAUAACUAUUGGCAUCGACGACGCGUUUCUGAUUCUGGCUGGGUGGAGACAAUCGACGUCAGUCAAAUAUCUCUGAGGGAAAACCAAUUUACUUCUUUCAGAAAAACGAAAAAUCUUGAGGAAAGGAUGGGCGAGGCCGUAGCUAUUUCUGGCGCUUCGGUCGCAGUCACUUCCGUCACAGGUUUAGUCUUUGCUGGAGUUAAGUAGAAGUGGGGCUUUGGGAUUUUUUCCAUUUUUUUUAUGAAUUAAUCAUUUUAAACGUUUUAAUCCAGACGUUGCCUGCUUCGGAACGGGACUUUUCUCGAAUUUGCCCGUCGUCCAGCUUUUCUGUCUCUACACAACUGUAGCCUUGGCGGUGGAUUUCUUCUACCAGGUAUACCUUCUAUUUAAAAAUCAAAGUCACUCUCUUUAGAUGACCUUUUUCACGGCGUUCGUAGGUAUCGUUGUCCGAAAACAACUCGGAGAAGAAGAUGGAAAGCCUGUAAGUUUCAAGGUCCAGCAUCAUAAUCUUUCUUCACUUUCCAGAGAACAAACAAGGUAUCAAGUUCAUCCAGUAUUACGGUUUCCUCGAUGGCCCCAUUCGUUCCUGAGAAAUUCAGAGAUCUAUCUCAUCUUGAGGUUUUCGCUUGUUCUUCCCUGUGCAUUAGAGUUCACCAAACCGAUCAUUCAACCAUUUCAAUUGAUCAAACUAUUGACAUGUCACUGUUCAACCAAAUUUUAACAUGUCAUUUUUUGAGAGAUCGUUUAUUAGAUCAGUUUUUGAUCUCUUCCAUUAAUGAUCAAUCAUUGGAUUUUAACGUUUGAUAUAUCAAUAUUUCGACCAAUAUAUUCAAUACAACACUUCGAUCGAUCAUUUUUUCGACCAAUAUUUUCAAUACAACAUUUCGAUCAAUCAUUAUUUCGACCAAUAUUUUCAAUACAACAUUUCGAUCAAUCAUUAUUUCGACCAAUAUUUUCAAUACAACAUUUCGAUCAAUCAUUAUUUCGACCAAUAUUUUCAAUACAACAUUUCGAUCAAUCAUUAUUUCGACCAAUAUUUUCAAUACAACAUUUCGAUCAAUCAUUAUUUCGACCAAUAUUUUCAAUACAACAUUUCGAUCAAUCAUUUUUUUUCGACCAAUAUUUUAGGCAUAAAAAUUUCGAUCAAUCAUUAUUUCGACCAAUAUUUUCAAUACAACAUUUCGAUCAAUCAUUUUUUCGACCAAUAUUUUCAAUACAACAUUUCGAUCAAUCGAAAACUGAACGAUCGAUUCAAAAUGAUCUCUCAUUUAAAUGAAAUGUUGACAUGUCGAAAAAACGAGAGAUCAUAAUCAUGAGACAUGUUAAUCGUUCGGUAGCAAGAAAUGUUAAUCAAUCAUAUUUUUGGUAACAUGUCAUGAAAAUAUUGGUUGAACGUUUGGUCGAACGAUCGGUUUGGUGAACUCUACUGUGCAUGACAAGUUGUAGCAUUCAUUUCAGCUUUUCAUCGAAAUUCUCCAUACAAGCUUUGCAAAAGCUUUGAUUAUGGCUUCAUUUAUUGCUCAUAUUGCGGUUAGUCCUGAGUAUCUAAAAGUUGAUAAUGUUCAACUUCAGCUGUGCACCUACUUGACUACAAAAGUUAGAACCGAUUUCGACAUGGAGAAUUUGUAUUUGUUCGACUCGCCCCUCACAGAUAUUUCGAGGAGAAUGCAGGCGAGUAUGAUCGCUUUCCUGGGAGCUGACGGGAAAAUUGCAGAGAUUCGUAUUGGGAGAAGCUUUCGUCGUGAAUUUCGCUGUUGAGCCGAUGCCGCAGUUUGAAAACGAGACUGUCCGGAAUUCAUUCGAAGAUUUUCUGGUCGAUUUGGAGACGAUUCAAAACUUUGGCGCAGGUCCGACAUACACCAAUGUCUGGACACGCGAGUAUGCCAAUGUUAGUUGCCAAGUUCUUGAGCCUUAAAUCGAAAACUACCUUUUUUUGUUUGUAAUGACGAAACUUUUUAUCCUCGAUAUGGUAACGUUGGAAACGUUAUAAAAAGAGAUUUUUUUCAUCAUUAAAAAUUCAUUGAAAUGGUCCAAGAAUCUUAAAAAACAGUCGUUUUGAGGCGAUCGCGUUCUGGGGCGAAGAAGAAGGUUAUUGGUCCCAGCCGGAACUUCUCACCAACUAUCGGGAGUACGGUAUCGACGAUAAGUAUUUGAGUAUAAGGUUGUCAUUCUCAAAUUGAAAAUCGGGUUUCAACUCUGCUUUGAAGUAUGAAAGACGACGAGUCGUUCAUAGACGGCUUCUUCUUCACUAUCACCUACCAUAACUUGUCCAACUUCUUGGAGGUCGAAGACCUUUUGUUGGUCCGGUAAGGUUACAGAGCCAUUUUCGCUCGGUAUUGAGGUUUUUAGCCGCGGGAUCAUUGCGAAGCACGGGUUUCCAGUCAAGUCUCAUCAUCCGCUGGAGAAGGUUCCCACAGAAAGUGCAGCAUCAGCUCCAGGCAACUUCGUUCAGACUUCUGGUCCGUUGAACAAAAUCACCUUUCAUUAAGAGCUUGAUUCAGUCUCGGCUGUGGUUCUGAUGUCGGUUCUCGUGUUGCUGUUCGUGAUGCAGUUCGAAGCUAUUCUUUCCGUCGUCGUUUCUAUCGUUUCCAUUUGUCUCGGUAGCUUCAAUCAGAUUUGAAUUUACAAAAGUAGUCGUGGAAUUGAUAAGGAAAUCGGAUUCACGAAUUGAAAGUAAUGCAAUUUUCAAUUGAGUUACGAACAAAGACCUCGCAUUAGAUGGUUAAUUAACAAAUUUUAUAAAUUGAAAAUAUUUUUUCGGACCUUGAUGUUCUCAAAAUGAUUUAUGCCGUUUGGACAUUCACUACCAAGCAACCGUGUUUUUCCUUCGAAAAUCUUGGAAACACAAAAAUUGAGCUAUUAGGUGUGGUGGCCUACCUUCACUUGUGGAACGUGCAUUUGGACGCUGUUUCGCUCAUCAGCAUGCUCAUGUCCAUCGGAUUUUCCGUCGACUACUCGGCUCACGUUUGCUAUCACUACUUUGCUCAUUGCCAGCCAGUACGAAUAGAUGAGAGACGUGUAUGAAAUCUUCUCUUGCAGGAAGAGUCCGGAAGUCACGAAGGGAAGACCGAUGGUACAAAGAGCCGACUUUUGAGUACACUUGGAGGCGUCGGCUGGCCAGUUAUGCAAAGUGGUCUGAGUACCAUACUAGGUGAACUCGGAAAAUGAUUUAAGGCAGUCUUUUUUCCAGGCAUGUUCCCGCUAAUGUUCGUCCGCGCCUACGUGGUCGCCGUCUUCUGGAAAACUGUGAUCCUCGUGGGAGUUCUCGGGAUGCUCCACGCACUCGUCCUCCUUCCCGUCAUUUUCAUUCUCACUGAUGACGUCAAACGGUUACUCCGCUCUAAAUGA